CUGGUGUUUCAGUCCGUGGCAUGUUCUAACCUCAAAAAAAUCUGUCAAAAAUUGAAGUUUGACAUUAUUGCUCCAAAAAAAAAGGCAUAUGCUACCGUCGUAAUGGUUUUAUUAGAAAAUGAUACGUUUUUAGCCGAACUCACACGUUUGUUUGAAAAAUCACGAGUUUCUGGUGCAGUCUCAUUAACCAUCAAAAGGUUUAAUGGACAUAAUAAGCCAGUUCCAAGGAAAAGUAAACCGCCUUUACCUGUUCCUAGUGAAUAUCUUUGUUUAGUUCGUGCUUCAUUGAGCUCGAAAAAAAUCUCAACAGUCAUUCAUCCAAAGGACGUAAAUAAAUUCCAGCAGGCUUACUGGAAUCUUUUAAAGAGUAAUAUAAAUGGUCUGAAAAAAUUAAAGAAAAUCAAAUCCGCAAAGCCGAAAGCACUUUAAUGUUAAUCUAUUUAUGUUUCUCUUUUUUUUUAAAUGUUAAUAUGUUCUACAUUGCCGAUUAAUAAUUUUUUUUUGUACUAUAUCGAAUUGUAUACUAUUCACUCGUGUAAAAUGAAGAGUCAUUUUGAAGUUUAUAAGUAAAAAAAAAAAAAUAAAAUAAAAUAAAACACAAAUGAACAAUUUU